AUGACAAGCAUGAAAUCAAAUCAAACCCAGUUGGAGAAGAUAAGAGAAGUUCUUGCGCCUUGGGGUUUUGGCAUUCGGAAAAUUUGUUGGGAUGGCUACGGCUUGGGGCAUAUUGGAUUUGUGAGGUUGGGUGUGGAUUUGGAGUGUCAGCUCGGAGUGAGUAUGGUUGGAGGUUCAAAGUGGCUAGGUGGGUUGGGAUUGAUUGUUAUUAAUAGUUUGGGGUGGGUGCAUCACCUAGGUGGGGAUAUCAUAUUUGAAAAACGGAUGGCCAUAGGUUGGGGGCGGCGGGUGGCGGUGGGGAAGGGUUGGAUUGUUGUGGUGGUGGGGCUAUUCAGGUGCUAG